GUCGUGGGGCACGCGGAGCAGAGCGGAGCGGCGCGGCGCGCUCGGGCUGGGGCGGGCAGCUCUCUUCGCCGGCGAGCGGGGCUCCUUCUCUCGUGGCCUCGCCUCGUCGCGCCCGCCCUGCCAGCCUCCGGAGCUGCCUCUGCCCACGGAUGGGCUGGGGAAGUUGGGAGGAGCCAGCCGGAGCCCGCGCCGGGCGCGACCCGCCGCUGCCUGACUCGGCGCCCGCCGUUCGGGCGCAGCGCGCCAGCCGCAGGAGCGCGGAUGCCCCGGAGUCGCGGGCUGACAGGUCUUGGGUCCUGAGGCUGCCGGCAGACUAUGGGUACAACGGCCAGCACAGCCCAGCAGACAGUCUCAGCCAGCGCCCCCUUUGAGGGCCUCCAGAACGGUGGCACGAUGGAUGGUCGGCACUCACUCACUGUCCACUCCUUCCAGACCACGGGCUUGCACAACAGUAAGGCCAAGUCCAUCAUCCCCAACAAGGUGGCCCCCGUCGUGAUCACGUACAACUGCAAGGAGGAGUUCCAGAUCCACGACGAGCUGCUCAAAGCCCAUUACACGCUGGGCCGGCUCUCAGAUGCCACCCCAGAGCACUACCUGGUGCAGGGCCGCUACUUCCUGGUGCGGGAUGUUGCAGAGAAGAUGGACGUGCUGGGCACUUUGCAGAGCUGUGGGGCCCCCAACUUCCGGCAGGUGCGGGGCGGGCUCACCGUGUUCGGCAUGGGGCAGCCCAGCCUCUCAGGAUUCAGGCGGGUUCUUCAGAAACUCCAGAAGGACGGACACAGGGAGUGCGUCAUCUUCUGUGUGCGGGAGGAGCCCGUGCUGUUUCUGCGUGCUGAUGAGGACUUUGUGCCCUACACGCCUCGAGACAAGCAGAGUCUUCACGAGAACCUCCAGGGCCUCGGACCCGGGGUCCAGGUGGAGCGCUUGGAGCUGGCCAUCCGGAAGGAGAUCCACGACUUCGCCCAGCUGAGCGAGAACAAGUACUACGUGUACCACAACACCGAAGACCUGCGGGGGGAGCCCCACGCCGUGGCCGUCAAGGGCGAGGACGAUGUGCACGUGACCCAGGAGGUGUACAAGCGGCCCCUCUUCCUGCGGCCCACCUACAGGUACCACCGUCUGCCCCUGCCAGAGCAAGGAGCUCCCCUGGAAGCCCAGUUUGAUGCCUUUAUCAGUAUCCUCCGGGAGACCCCCAGCCUGCUGCUGCUCCGAGAGGCCCACGGCCCUCCCCCUGCUCUCCUCUUCAGCUGCCAGACGGGCGUGGGCAGGACCAACCUGGGCAUGGUUCUGGGCACCCUCAUCCUGCUUCACCACAGUGGGACUGCCUUGAGGCCGGAGGCUGCCCCUACGAAGACCAAGCCACUGCCCAUGGAGCAGCUCCAGGUGGUCCAGAGCUUUCUCCACGUGGUGCCCCAGGGGAGGAGGAUGGUGGAGGAGGUGGACAGAGCCAUCACCGCCUGUGCAGAGUUGCACGACCUGAAGGAAGUAGUCUUGGAACACCGGAGGGAGCUGGAAGGCAGCCCGCCGGAGACCCCGGCUCAGGAAAGCGGCAGCCAGCGCGGUGUCCGGCAGAGGGCGCUGCGGAGCCUGGAGCGAUACUUCUACCUGGUCCUGUUUAACUACUAUCUCCAUGAGCAGUACCCGUUGGCUUUUGCCCUCAGUUUCAGCCGCUGGCUGUGUGCCCGUCCCGAACUGUACCGCCUGCCUGUGACACUAAGCUCAGCGGGGCCUGUGGCCCCUGGGGACCUCAUCACCACCGGCUCCCUGGGGGCAGAUGACCUCGUCUCCCCGGACGCACUCAGCACCGUCAGAGAGAUGGACGUGGCCAACUUUCGGCGGGUGCCCCGUUUGCCCAUCUAUGGCACGGCCCAGCCCAGUGCCAAGGCCCUGGGGAGUAUCUUGGCCUACUUGACCGACACUAAGAGGAAGCUGCAGCAGGUCGUGUGGGUCAACCUGAGAGAGGAGGCUGUGCUGGAGUGUGACGGGCGCACCCACAGCCUGCGGUGGCCUGGGCCCCCCACGGCCCCUAGCCAGGUGGAGAACCUGGAGACCCAGCUGAAGGCCCACCUGAGCAUGCCUCCCGCAGGCACCCAGGGCCCGCGGACCCGCAGGUUCCAGACAUGCCUCACGACGCAGGAGGUCUUCAGCCAGCACCGCGGGACCUGCCCCGGCCUUACCUACCACCGCGUCCCCAUGCCAGACUUCUGUGCCCCCCGCGAGGAGGAUUUUGACCGGCUGCUGGGGACCCUGCAGGCUGCCCUCGCCAAGGACCCGGGUUCCGGCUUCGUGUUCAGCUGCCUCAGCGGCCAGGGCCGGACCACGACCGCCAUGGUGGUGGCCGUGCUUGCCUUCUGGCACAUCCGAGGCUUCCCCGAGGUGGGCGAGGAGGAGCUCGUGAGCGUGCCCGAUGCCAAGUUCACCAAGGGCGAGUUUGAGUAUGUGGGCCUCUCCUGUUGUGGAGCACAGGCUCUGGACACGCAGGAUCAGCGGCCAUGGCUCAUGGGCCCAGCCGCUCCAUGGCAUGUGGGAUCUUCCUGGACCAGGGCACGAACCCAUGUCCCCUGCAUCAGCAGGCGGACUCUCAACCACUGCGCCACCAGGGAAGCCCCCAUGUGUCUUUUUGAAUUAUGGUUUUCUCUGGGUAUAUGCCCAGUGGUGGGAUUGCUAGGUCAUAUGUUAAUUCUAUUUUUAGUUUUUUAAGGAACCUCCAUACUGUUCUCCAUAGCGGCGGUAUCAAUUUACAUUCCCACCAACAGUGCAAGAGGGUUCCCUUUUGUUCACACCCUCUCCAGCAUUUAUUGUUUGUAGAUUUUCUGAUGUUGCCCAUUCUAACUGGUGUGAGGUGAUACCUCAUUGUAGUUUUGAUUUGCAUUUCUCUAAUAAUUAGUGAUGUUGAGCAGCUUUUCAUGUGCUUCUUGGCCACCUGUAUGUCUUCUUUGGAGAAAUGUCUAUUUAGGUCUUCUGCCCAUUUUUGGAUUGGGUUGUUUGUUUUCUUAAUAUUGAGCUGCGUGAGCUAUUUAUAUAUUUUGGAGAUUAAUCCUUUGUCUGUUGAUUCAUUUGCAAAUAUUUUCUCCCAUUCUGAGGGUUGUCUUUUCAUCUUGUUUGCAGUUUCCGUUGCUUUGCAAAAGCUUUUAAGUUUCAUUAGGUCCCAUUUGUUUAUUUUUGUUUUUAUUUCCGUUACUCUAGGAGGUGGAUCAAAAAAGAUCUUGCUGUGAUUUAUGUCACAGAGUGUUCUUACUGUGUUUUCCUCUAAGACUUUUAUAGUGUUCAGUCUUAACAUUUAGGUCCAUUUUGAGUUUAUUUUUGUGUAUGGUAUUAGGGAGUGUUCUAAUUUCAUUCUUUUACAUGUAGCUGUCCAGUUUUCCCAGCACCAGUUAUUGAAGAGACUGUCUUUUCUCCAUGGUACAUCCUUGCCUCCUUUGUCAUAGAUUAGUUGAUCAUAGGUGCAUGGAUUUAUCUCUGGGCUUUCUAUCCCAUUCCAUUGAUCUAUAGUUCUGUUUUUGUGCCAUACCAUUAUUGUCUUGAUUAGUGUAGCUUUGUAGUAUAGUCUGAAGUCAGGGAGUCUGAUUCCUCCAGCUCCGUUUUUUUCCCUCAAGACUGCUUUGGCUAUUUGGGGUCUUUUGUGUCUCCAUACAGAUUUUAAGAUUUUUUGUUCUAGUUCUGUAAACAAAUGCCAUUGGUAAUUUGACAGGGAUUGCAUUGAAUCUAUAGAUUGCUUUGGGUAGUAUAGUCAUUUUCACAAUAUUGACUCUUCCAAUCCAGAAACAUGGUAUAUCUCUCCCUCUAUUUGUAUCAUCUUUAAUUUCUUUCAUCAGUGUCUUAUAGUUUUCUGCAUACAGGUCUUUUGUUUCCUUAGGUAGGUUUACUUCUAGGUAUUCUUUUCCUUUUGCUGCAACGGUAUAUGAGAGUGUUUCUUUAAUUUCUCUUUCAGAUUUUUCAUCAUUAGUGUACAGGAAUGCACGAGAUUUCUGUGUGUUAAUUUUGUAUCCUGCAACCUUACCAAAUUCAUUGAUUGGGUCUAGUAGUUUUCUGGUGGCAUCUUUAGGAUUCUCUAUGUAUAGUAUCAUGUCAUCUGCAAACAGUGACAGUUUUACUUCUUCUUUUCCACUUGUAUUCCUUUUGUUUCUUUUUCUUCUCUGAUUGCCAUGGCUAGGAUUUCUAAAACUAUGUUGAGUAAUAGCGGCGAGAAUGGACAUCCUUGUCUUGUUCCUGAUCUUAGAGGAGAUGCUUUCAGGUUUUCACCAUUGAGAAUGAUGUUUGCUGUGGGUUUGUCGUAUAUGGCCUUUAUUAUGUUGAGGUAGGUUCCCUCUAUGCCCACUUUCUGGAGAGCUUUUAUCGUAAAUGAGUGUUGAAUUUUGUCAAAAGCUUUUUCUGCAUCUACUGAGAUGAUCAUAUGGUUUUUAUUCUUCAGUUUGUUAAUAUGGUGUAUCACAUUGAUUUGUGUAUAUUGAAGAGUCCUUGCAUCCCUGGGAUAAAUCCCACUUGAUCAUGGUGUAUGAUCCUUUUAAUAUGUUGUUGGAUUCUGUUUGCUAGUAUUUUGUUGAGGAUUUUUGCGUCUAUAUUCAUCAGUGAUAUUGGUCUGUAAUUUUUUUGUAUUAUCUUUGUCUGGUUUUGGUAUCAGGGUGAUGGUGGCCUCAUAGAAUGAGUUUGGGAGUGUUCCUUCCUCUGCAGUUUUUUGAAAGAGUUUGAGAAGGACGGGUGUUAGCGCUUCUCUAAAUGUUUGACAGAAUUCGCCUGUGAAGCUAUCUGGUCCUGGGCUCUUGUUUGUUGGAAGAUUUUUAAUCACAGUUUCAAUUUCAGUGUUUGUGAUUGGCCUGUUCAUAUUUUCUGUCUCUUCCUGGUUCAGUCUCAGAACGUUGUGCUUUUCUAAGAAUUUGCCCAUUUCUUCCAGGUUGUCCAUUUUGUUGGCAUAGAGUCGCUUGUAGUAGUCUCUUAGGAUGCUUUGUAUUUCUCUGGUGUCUGUUUUAACUUCUCCUAUUUCAUUUCUAAUUUUAUUGAUUUGAGUCCUCUCCCUCCUUUUCUUGAUGAGUCUGGCUAAUGGUUUAUCAAUUUUGUUUAUCUUCUCAAAGAACCAGCUUUUAGUUUUAUUGAUCUUUGCUAUUGUUUUCUUUGUUUCUAUUUCAUUUAUUUCUGUUCUGAUCUUUAUGAUUUCUUUCCUUCUACUAACUUUGAGUUUUAUUUGUUCUUCUUUCUCUAGUUCCUUUAGGUGUAAGGUUAGAUUGUUUAUUUGAGAUUUUUCUUGUUUCUUUUUCCCUCUUAGAAGUGCUUUUGCUGCAUCCCAUAGGUCCCGUAGGUUUUGGAUCAUCAUGUUUUCGUUGUAAUUUGUCUCUAGGUGUUUUUUGAUUUCCUGUUUGAUUUCUUCAGUGAUCCUAUUUAGUAAUGUAUUGUUUAGCCUCUAUGUGUUUGUGUUUUUUAUGUUUUUUUCCCUGUAAUUGAUUUCUAAUCUCAUAGCAUUGUGGUCAGAAAAGAUGCUUGAUAUGAUUUCAAUUUUCUUAAAUUUACUGAGGCUUGAUUUGUGACCCAAGAUGUGAUCUAUCUUGGAGAAUGUUCCAUGUGCCCUUGAGAAGAAAGUGUAAUCUGUUUUUGGAUGGAAUGUCCUAUAAAUAUCAAUUAAAUCUAUCUGGUCUGUUGUGUCAUUUAAAGCUUGUGUUUCCUUAUUAAUUUUCUGUUUGGAUGAUCUGUCCAUUGGUGUAAGUGAGGUGUUAAAGUCCCCCACUAUUAUUGUGUUACUGUCGAUUUCCUCUUUUAGAGCUGUUAACAGUUGCCUUAUGUAUUGAGGUGCUCCUAUGUUGGGUGCAUAUAUAUUUAUAAUUGUUAUAUCUUCUUCUUGGAUUGAUCCCUUGAUCAUUAUGUAGUGUCCUUCCUUGCCUCUUGUAACGUUAUUUUUUUUAAAGUCUUUUAUCUGAUAUGAGUAUUGCUACUCCAGCUCUCUUUUGAUUUCCAUUUGCAUGGAAUAUCUUUUUCCAUCCUCUCACUUUCAGUGUGUAUGUGUCCCUAGGUCUGAAGUGGGUCUCUUGUAGACAGUAUAUAUAUGGGUCAUGUUUUUGUAUCCAUUCAGUGAGCCUGUGGCUUUUGGUUGGACAUUUAAUCCAUUCACGUUUAAGGUAAUUAUCGAUAUGUAUGUUCCUAUUACCAUUUUCUUAAUUGUUUUGGGUUUGUUUUUUUUUUUUUUGUGGUA